GAUCUCUUGGUCGAGCUGCAUCCUCAACUCUGCAAAUCACUGAAUUUUCCAGAUAUUUUGUACUGUGAAGCACUCAACGCUCUUAAGGUUUAUCUGGUCGUGGAAUAACGCAGUAAAGCAAUUUCCUGAUCAAUGAAGUCAGGCAUUUGGUGUGACUUCCCCCACCACUUCAAGUCACAAAUCCUAGGGUAAACUGAACUUCCUCUUACACAACAAGAUUCACCAGAAACUGAAAAUUGAGAUGGAUUUUCUCAUCAAAUUUGCUCAGGCGCAUGAGACCUUUCGGGUCCCUGAGAUCGAGGCUUUGGCCUUGGUUGAAGGCCUGGAUAUGAAAAUAGUCGACUAUAGCCAAGACUCCCCAUUUUGUAUCGUGCACCUUGAUUCGGUUGAAUCGGCUAAGCGUCUGGCCAAGAGAUCCAUUCUCAUUCAAUCUAUCCAUGAGCUCUGGGGCAAAGGAAGCACACUGGAUGUACUUCAUGAAUCAGUCAAGACAAACACAUCUCAUGUCUGGGAUAGUUAUCUUGGAAAAUCAUUCAAGUUCGAUGUUGACCCAUACCAAGGAACUCGUUCAGCCAAAAAGAGGAUCGAACUCAUCAACUCUUUCCGAUUUCUGGGCUGGACUGGGCCUGUGAAAAUGACCAACCCUGACAACUUGUUUACCAUCUUCGAGAUGUGGCCUUAUAACAGCGUCCCCUUGAAUAUUCCGGACCCCACAAUGAUGUAUCUCGCACGACAUGUAGGGAACUCAUCGCGAGAACUCUUGGUCAAGUUCGACCUCAAGAAGCGAGGAUAUAUCUCAACGACGAGUAUGGACUCUGAGCUCGCUCUCGUCACUGCCAACCUUGCACUCGCCGCCCCUGGCAAGCUAUUCUAUGAUCCGUUCGUUGGAACUGGUUCCUUUCCCAUCGCCUGUGCCCAUUUCGGUGCCCUUGCAUUCGGAAGCGAUAUCGAUGGUCGAAGUAUCCGCGGCGAGGGUGGCAACAAGAGUUUGAAAGGCAACUUUGACCAGUAUGGCAUUGGGUCUUGCUUAGGAGACGUAUUCUCGGCCGACUUGACCAACACACCAAUUAGGAGGCAUCUUCGUACAUGGGAUGGAAUUGUUUGUGAUCCUCCAUAUGGCGUGAGAGAAGGGCUGAGGGUUCUUGGUCUCCGUGACCCUGAGAAGACCCCCUGGUUGAUAGAGCAGGGGAAGCAACAUGGAAUGCACGUAAUGUCCUAGCCGUUCGAUUUGCGCAUUCGCUGACUAUCGCAGGAAGCCAACUUAUGUGCCACCUAAGAAGCCUUAUAGCUUUCUGGUGAUGCUUGAUGAUAUCUUGACUUUUGCAGCUGAGACUCUGGUGGAUGAAGGGCGACUGUCAUUCUGGAUGCCAACAGCUAACGACGAAGACCAAGAGAUUCCCGUACCCAGCCAUCCUUACAUGGGAGUUGUGUCUGUCUGUACUCAGCCGUUCAACAAGUGUGAGUUGCCGCUGAAGCCUUGUUGCUAAUCCUGCACCUACUGAUAUUUCGCAGGGUCAAGGAGACUCAUCACCUACCGUCGGCUCCCCGACUCACAGGUCUCGCAAGAGGCCCUCGAGGCUUACACAAAUCGACAGAAGCUCACAUUGGACGGAACAUCGGCAGACGAACUCAACCCGUUUCGACGUGGAUAUUUCAAAAAGUUCGAGGCCGAAGAAUAAAACCUCGCUUACAGGAAAGACUUCGCUUUGCUCCCAUCAAAGACUUCCUAUGCUCCGCAUUCAUGUGAUAAACUGCCCAUAAAACCCAAAUCCUGAUUACCCACAAAAGCAACAUACGUAGGCACGUCAAGAUGUCAUGAUAGCGGGCCCUAACCCUUCCCGUAUUCCCAUCUAUAUGUUGUUAUAACAGUGCUGGAUAUCCCAAACCGGUCCUGCAACAAAACCAAGGCGAUGACUGGCGAUGUGCUUGUAGCGGCGCCGCGCUCCAAGCUUGUAGUAUGCUUUGUACUGAGGUAGCCGUAAGUUUAACGAAAUUCGGUAGCGGCAAAGCAUCCCUGGUCGGGGACAUGCUUCAGCUCCAAUUGCUGGAACCUGUUACCGAUUAGUAUGCAGGAAUUGACGCGUGAUUGAUAUUGGUAUGGGGAACAAACUUUUCGCUUUUAGAGUGGAAGUAAAUACCGCUUACUUCACCCUUGACCUGGUUGAAGCAAAUGUAGUAGAACCCCUCGAAGCUGGCACCCGUUAUCGUGCGAACUCGAUGGUCUGGAACUAAAAAGUGCUCUUUCCAGCGCAUAAAGAUGGUUUCUCGUUGGGCAGCAUCUCGGAUAGUGACAGGCCCCUUGCGAGCUUGUUUUUGGAAAGGACGGAAAGCUGUGAACUUGGCCCAAUGACUCAAGUCAACCUUGCUAUUUGCGCCCCAGUUCUCGUGUUGUGUGUAGAAACUGUACUUGGAACCAAUGAUUUCGCCCUCAAAAUAUGUUGUGAGGGUGGGAUGGUCCUCAGUUAGACCUUGAAAGCAGAGUCAGUGUCAUUGUCGAUCUUGAUUACACUCUGACCACCAACCUUGGAUACGCAGAUAGCCACAGAGAAAAGACUCUCGCAUGUCAACAUGCUUAAUUUCGACCUGCACAUCGUAGACCUGCCUCUCUGACUGUUGCGUGCCAUGGAAUUUGCUGCCCGGACGUAGGUAAGAUGAAGGAGCCGAAGGGAUAGUCUUUCGAUUAUCAGAUCAAUGCGUAUACAGUGCGAUCGACGUUUUAACUCACCCUCAUACAUGAAAAGUCAGAGCCCAUGGAUGGAGACCAAAGCUCAUCCUCUUGCGCAUCGAUAUCAACCCAAUCUGACUCUCCAUUCGGCGACCCUCUCCGUCUGGAUGAUUCUCGAGGGAUUGAUUCGGUUUCAGAUGCUCGUUGCGUGCUAUUUGAAGGCUCUCGACUCAACUGACUGCCGAUCUCGGCCUCUCUUCCCUUUAUUUCAGACCCUGGGCCGCUAGGCAUUGGAGUCGUGGCAGCCGUAGUAGCGGUUUGAGGACGAGGAGACAUGGUGGAAGAUCUUGAGGACGGUUCAUCGGAUGGACGUCCAUCGUACAUGGUGGCAUCGUCGCUUGGGCCUUCGGGCGCAGCCGGCGCGUCGACGGCAAGGGGCGAGCCGACAUCGACAGAAAGAUUGGAGUCGGGUAGAUCAGCAUCGUGGACUUGAUCAUCGUCGCGUGACUGCCGGUUAGGACGUGGCUGAUGUUGAACAUCGUCAGGACAUGUCGAGAAACUGUAAGACCGAGGCGAAGCGGCUUCGACCGGCGGAUUUGAUGAUGGUGUUGGCAUUGUUGUGACGUGUGAUGGGAGAUGAUGCAAUUAAACAGCGAAAAUGUUGACGCGGGAUAGACAGAAGUUCAUGAAGAGGACAAGAAGAGUCGUGGGUAUCAAAUCGACCAGUAGAUCAUGUAUGUAUGUUGCGAGGAUUUGACUGACGUCGAGCGCUGUUGGAGGCCAGAGGGGAGAACAAGCAAGUUAGUGCUAAUCACCAAAACGGGUGGCGAUCUCGGGGACUAGCGACUUUGGUAGAGUUGAACAGGGCGCCUGAAAGCCCUUUAGAAAGCAAACAACGUGCCCAUCACAAAAGUUGGGGGAGAGAGUGGUGUAAUAAUACAGGUGAGGUGGAAGCAGGUUAAAGCAUGCCAGAUCGCAUAUGGAUAUGGGUCGAUGUGAUGGAUGGCAAGAAAAGGGUCAAAGUCGGUCGGUGAUGCUGCUGGGUUGUCUUCCAUUUUCAUAUCGACGGACGAGGGGCUUGAUUUGCUGCCAUCCGGGGUUUCUGCACCUAGCGGAUUUGUAG